AUGACUGAGAUCGCAGCCCACCAAGAAAGCGAGGAUGUGUGCAAGCCGUAUGACCAGUUCAUCCUCUUCGGCGACUCCAUCACCCAGAUGUCUUGCAACCAGGCACUCGGGUUUGCCUUUGCUGCAGAAUUGCAAGAAGUCUACAGCCGCAAGAUGGAUGUGAUCAACCGAGGCUUCUCAGGUUAUACUACUUCCCACGCAAUUAAAGUCUUCCCGAAAUUCUUCCCAUCUCCGCAAAUUGCCAAUGUGCGAUUCAUGACCAUUUUCUUCGGUGCCAAUGAUGCAUGCGUUCCAACUCACGAUCAGCACGUCCCUCUGGAGCAGUACAAGGAGAACCUGAAAAGCAUUAUCCAACACCCUGCUACCAAGGCUCAAAACCCUUACAUCAUUAUCAUCACUCCGCCACCAGUCAACGAGUAUCAGCUCGAGGACUUUGACAGUGAGAAAGAUACUCCGCAUCCCAGCCGAACAGCCGCAUUCUCCAAGAUGUACUCAGAGGCUGCCCUUGAAGUUGGCUCAUCACUCAAUAUCCCCGUGGCAGAUAUCUGGACUGCAUUUAUGGAGACUACUGGCUGGAAAGAAGGCCAACCUCUAGUUGGAUCCCGGGAUCUUCCUAGUAAUGAGCAGUUUGCCGACCUGUUUACCGAUGGAUUGCAUCUGAUGCCAGCCGGAUACCGUAUUGUAUAUGAUGAAGUGCUGAAGGUCAUCCGAGCCAAUUGGCCCGAGCAGGCUCCUGAGAAUCUCCCGUUGGUGUUUCCCCCGUGGACCCAGGCUCCGAAAUAA